AUGAUCAUCACCAUUACAAGACAAACAAAAAUAGAAGGAGUUCUGCCACAUAAAGAAGCAAGCUUUUUCGUACAAAGAGUAUCUAAUUAUAAUGAAUCGAAUAAUGAUAUAAAAGGAAAUAAAAUCUCUAAUACUGAAAUUAUAGAUUAUAAGAUUUUAAAUGAUAAACAAAAGACAAUUUUUAGGCGAAUAGAGUCAUAUUACUAUAGAAUUCUUAUAGGUUGUCAAGUUGAACCACUUAAGAUUAUCAUUAUAGAAACUGCUAAUAUUGCAAUCUUUAAUAUUAAUGAUGAGACAAUUUAUUCAGUUUUUUCUAUUCUAAUACCUAUUGGUAAUAAUCUUGAUAUAACUGGUGAGCAAUUUACUUUAUAA